AUGAAGCAGCAACUCAUUGAUAACUUGCAGGCUUACAAACUGCAUUACUGUAAUCACCUUGGUUUCACUAAUUACAGUUGCUUCAGGAAGGUGUAUCUAGCGAGUUUCAACAGCUGUGAAGCCUUCAUAUUGGGUUCUUUGGCAAGACAGAUGGCUGUGGGGUAUUUUAAAGAUAAAUGUGCGAUAAUUGAUAUUACUUUGGCAGAUGGUCAGUGUCUAUUCCACUGUGUGGUAAACGAUGUAACUACCCCGUUCAGUCAAUUGAGUGUUGAGAGGAAGAGAAAGACUGCGAUGAAGUUUGGUUGUUCGAGCAUGCAGGUUCAACAUAUUUAUUUCCCGUUUGAAAGGUCUCCUGCAGGAGAUGCGACACAAGAGAGUCUUGAGAGGCAUAAAAUCGCUUAUGAUAUGGGCGAAAAUGAUGCAAUGGCAGGUUCAAUUCCAAUUUUUUUAACAAGUUUAAUAGGGCCACCGGUGGCUUGUAUUACAAUUGAUGGGCUGGAACCGUAUGAGAAUCAUUGGCUUGCAUUUGAAUCUUUAACUGCAUUGGUACAGGAGCAACGUAAUGCUACUCAAGCUUGA